UCGUCCGCUUCCUCCCGGCCUGGCGCUGGGAGUUGCCCGGCGCGCACCAGCUGAUCGCGGCCCCUCCUAUCAGGCCGGGCCCGGGGAAAGGAGCGGGGAGGCAGCCCUGCCCAUAGCGGCGGGGCGAGCGAGCCAUGUCAGAGUUCCAGAUUUCGGUGGAAGAGCUCAACGACCUGCUGGCCAACGGCAGCGGCUGCUACAGCCUCCCCAGCGCGCACAGCAACGAGGUGGCGCCCCGGAUCCACGUGGGCAACGCGUUCAUAGCCAAGAAUGUUAUGCGCCUGCAACGCCUGGGCAUCACCCACAUCCUGAACGCGGCAGAAGGCAAGUCUUUCAUGCAUGUGAACACCAACGCCGAGUUCUACGAAGGCACAGGCAUCACCUAUCAUGGCAUCAAGGCCAACGACACGCAGGAGUUCAACCUCAGCCGCUACUUUGAGGAAGCCGCCGAUUUCAUCGAGAAGGCGUUGGCACAGAAAGAUGGCCGGGUGUUUGUCCACUGCCGCGAAGGCUACAGCCGCUCGCCGACACUGGUCAUCGCUUACCUCAUGCUGCGGCAGAACAUGGAUGUCAAGUGUGCGGUCAGCACUGUCCGGCAGAAGCGGGAGAUCGGCCCCAACGAUGGCUUCCUUAGGCAGCUGUGCCAGCUCAACGACCGAUUGGUGAAGGAAGGCAAGCUGAAGAAGCCGUAACGCCGGCCACCACCGCUUGCCCUCUCUUGCCGGAACUCCCGUUUGUUGCUUUCGGUUGCCAGCUCCAACUGCCAGGCCGCGCGAGGGAGGCAGGGGUCCCCUUCUGGUUUCUCCUGCUGCCCUGGGUGGCGCCAGAGGGCACUGCUGCAAUAUUGAAACACCCAGCGCCCAGGCGCGCUGGCUUGUCUCUUGUGUCUUUUCUCUCUCUCUUAGUUUGGAAUCCGCCCAAUAUAACGUGUGUGAUUUUGUUUGUGCGAUUUUGUUUGGAGUUCCUUUUUGCACCACAGCUGUGAAGGCCUUUGAUAAAGUCGAGUGUUCACGUUGCCAGAUCACUACCGGCGCAGGUGGUCCUCGCUUGCCGCCCUCUUGUUUGCUGUGCCUCCUCCUCCUCCUCCGGGGGUUAAAUCUGGAGGGCCUUUUUUUCAUUUACGUGUUGAGGGGCCAAGGACUACCCCACCCCCUGGCCCAAACGUGCCGCUUUUAUACCUUGCUAACAGCAUGUGCCAAAGGGUGGUAACUUAGCAGAGCUAGGUUCCUAGUCCAUAUGGUCUCUGUGCAGGGUCCACCUGGGCUGUCUUGAAAAGCCCCCCUCAAAGCUGCUGACCUUGGGCAAUCAAGCUGGUUAGGUGUUGGGCUCCUGGCUCAAACGCUUGGACCUUGUGAGGUUUUUCAGAGCCAGGAGUCCCACCCGGUUAAGCCCAGCUUGCCAUUUGACCCCACUCAGCUUCCACCCAUGUUCCGCUGCUUAGCUGUGAUGCUAUGCACUCUCACUUUUGGGUUGUGUUUUUCUCUCUCAUCCAAAUGAGGCUGCAGCAAAGAGAGAAAUCGGCUCCUAACGGGAGCAAACCCGGAGCGGAUGGGAAGCAGGCAGGCACGCAGAGCCAGUUGCCUACACACACACACACACACUCCCCACAUUUUUCUUUUAGAGAAGCACCGGCUGCCCCAUAUCUCUCCCCACCCCCCACCCCGCUCAUGCUUGGUCUGACCUUUCGGAGAAUUACGAGAUGGGGAAGUCGCAUUACUGUAAAUAGAUAGAAACGCACUCUCUGCUAACCAUGUAAUCUUUUUGUAUAUUCGCUGUGUUUCAUAUGAGCAUCUGGCUAUAGAGAAUAUAUAUACAGUAUAUAUAAAAUACACUAAUAUAAUAUAUAUAAAAUAUGCACACAAGCAAUGAAGAAAAGCCAUUUGAGAACACGCUAUUGAGGCAAGUAGCCUUUUGUAUAUAGAUCGUUGAUAAUAGCUGUACUCACGUUUUUGUGUGUGUCCAAAGCAGAUUUACUAUGAUUAUUAUUUAAAGGCCAGCGGGGUAGCGGUUUGGGAUCCUGUACCCCAGGAAUGUGUCGGGUGGCGCACCAGCCGCAUGUGGCCACUCAAGUUCCGGGGAGUCGUAGGACAAAGUCGCCAGGUUGUUGCCUAAAUGUGUUUGGCGUGAAGGGGUGUGUGUGUGUCAGUGCCUAGCUAUACUUAAAAGAUGGCGUCUGCUGGUCCGAUAAGGCAGUGAUGGGGAAUCGUGAUCUAGCAGGGCCAGUGAGAAUGGAUGAUGGGAAUUGUAGUCCUCACAACAUCCAAAGGGUCACCCCUGCAACUGGGGAUAUUGGAAAUCAGCUUUUUUUUUUUUGGCCUGGCUUCCUCCAGUGAUGGCAAUUUUAAAAUCCUCAAUUGUGGAAGUGAAACGAAUGAGGUCAAAUAAGCUGAUCUGUAAAGAUGCACCCUCUCACACUCUCUCUCGGCUUCAAGCAUGCACAACCUUGUUUUGAGUGUAGGAAUUCUUGUUUCUGUUCGAUUUUGGCUACGUACCGUGUAGAAGAUGUUUUCUUUCCUUAAUUUUUUGAGUAAAAAAAUUGGGGGGGUGUCUUCUUUUACAUGGGGGGCUAUCUUAUGCACGGUUUUCAGCAUGGCGAUCAACAACUUGAAGGGGCGAUUGGCCCCCAAAAGCUCAAGAGCUUUGUCAACCCAAAAAUAUUGAUUUCUUAAUUUUGGGUUCAGAAAAACAGGAGCCUUCUUAUACAUGGGAAAUAGUGGUAUUUGCUCCAUGUCAUAGAGCUGAGCUGAUAUUUCACUGGAUGGAUUUUUCUGAGCUCCAUUUUUUUCUUCCCUGCCUUAGAAACAGAGGGCGCUUCCUUUUGUAGGUGUCUGUCAGUGAGUGUUCUUCCCUCCUACAACUGCAAUAACCCCAGAUCACCACUAGGUUGGGGACAUUGCGUAGGAUUCAGAAAGGCAGACCACAAUUGUGUUUGGGGUGUUGGGAACGGGGUUGGAACCCCUUCAACAGCAGAGCACGUGUCCUGUGUCUAAAAAGGCCCCCAGAUCAAUCCCCGGCGUCUCCAGGUAGAGCUGAAAAGGACCUCCCCUUUUGAAAGAGCUGCUGCCAGUCAGUGUGGCCAGUACUGAGCUGGGUGGGCCAGAGGUUUGACCAUGUUUAAGACAGCUUCCAGUGUUCCCAACCAGCUCUAUUGGGAUCACUUUCCCCAGUUCAUUUCUCUUCCCUUCGGGUGUCGGAACAGGGUAGAGGGAGGUCAAAGGGUUGGGCUUUGACCUCUCGCUGUAGUGAGGUUGGAUGAAUUUGUGCAUUUCAGUUUCUCAUUUCCCCAAUCCUCCAUUCAGUUCAUCAUGCCAAAAGCCCUCGCCAAAAUUCACCAGUAUUUUGGUGUGCAUUUUCCCACCCCAACACUAAUAUAAUAUACGUUUGUUUGGGUGUUAUUUUAACCUGCAAUGCAUAUAUUCCUAUAUGCAUUUUUCAGCCAGAGAACGGCACUGCAGAACUCCAGAGAGGUGUUGACUGCCGAAACUCCAAAUGCCUGGAUGUUGGAGGGUAUAGCGCUCACCGGGAAUGAAUGGUUCAGAAUUAAUGUAUUUGGGGAAGGGGCUACUUCAGUGAGAAAAAGUGGAAGGGGCUGAGCGGCCAUUGGGCAGUGCCCACCUCGGAUGAUGGAAAGGGGGGGGGGAAUAAGUUACCAGAAGGAUGUGUGUUGCCAUCUUUUAUGUUUGAUGUGAUUGUUGUCUCUUGUGGGAGGAGAGAUGACCCACCUGUGUCCAAUAAAGUAUUUGUGUGGCAUUACA